UCAAGACAGAGCCUUGAUAGUAUUUGCCUACUUUGCCCAUUUGACUUUUUGUUUGUUUGUUUUUUAAGCCUAACUCUUAGUUUACACACUUUUAUUGUACGUAAAUCACAGACGGUGUCCAUGCAUUUAAAUUAAUAAGUUAUAUUCAAUUUCAGUUCAAGCCUCAACAGCCUCCACCUCUUCAGCAAAUCUAUCCACCUACUUAUGAUUUGUGAGUGCAGACAGGCAGGGGGAGAGGCCGCUAGAGAGCAGCCGGUCCCUGUACAUAGCUGUGUGCUGGCAGGGGGAAGCUGAUCGUGGCAGAGCAGAGAUGGUGCGUAGCUCGCUGGGACUCUGUGGCCAGCCGUCUGUCACUUUUACUGGGGCUCAUUUGUCUGACAUUACCGCGGAAUGGGAAGGACCGGAUUUAUUUUUUUGCACAGUUACACUGCAUGAAUGUGUCGCGUAAUGCGACCGAGAAGAGCUGCCUUUUGGGGGAAAUAUUUAUGGUUCGGGACCUUUUUUUUGGAGUAGCUAGUUGCUAGCGCAGGGCUAGCGACGGUGGUCCCUACUUCGACCGUAUUUUGCGAGGAUGCUACGGUGGAUACGGCAGCAGCUGGGCUUUGACCCCCCUCAUCAGAGUGAGACCAGGACGGUUUAUGUAGCAAACCGUUUCCCCCAGCAUGGCCACUACAUACCACAACGCUUUGCAGACAACAGAAUCAUCUCAUCCAAGUACACAAUUUGGAAUUUUGUCCCCAAGAAUCUGUUUGAGCAGUUCAGAAGGAUAGCCAACUUCUAUUUUCUCAUCAUCUUCCUUGUACAGUUAAUGAUAGAUACACCAACUUCCCCGGUCACCAGCGGUCUGCCUCUUUUCUUUGUGAUCACAGUAACUGCCAUAAAACAGGGCUAUGAGGAUUGGCUGAGACACAAGGCGGACAACGAGGUGAAUGGGGCUCCAGUCUUUGUGGUUCGCAGUGGAAGUCUGGUCCAAACAAGAUCUAAGAACAUCAGGGUAGGGGACAUUGUUCGUGUGGCUAAAGAUGAAACGUUCCCUGCUGACCUGGUGUUGCUGUCAUCAGAUCGUGCAGACGGCACCUGUCACAUCACCACAGCCAGCCUCGAUGGAGAGACCAACCUUAAGACCCACUACUCUGUGGCAGAGACGGCAGUGUGUCAGUCAGUGUCUCAGUUGGAGGCUCUGCAGGCUGUGGUGGAGUGUCAACAACCGGAAGCUGACCUGUACAGGUUUGUUGGUCGGAUUACGGUGACCCAGCAUGGGGAGGAAAUAGUCAGACCGCUGGGUCCAGAGAAUUUGCUGCUGCGAGGGGCCAGGUUGAAAAAUACCAAAGAGAUUUUCGGUGUGGCAGUUUACACAGGAAUGGAGUCCAAGAUGGCCCUCAACUAUAAGUGCAAAUCUCAGAAACGUUCUGCAGUGGAGAAAUCCAUGAAUACCUUCCUAAUCAUCUACCUGGGCAUCUUGCUGUUCGAGGCCAUCCUCAGCACCAUCCUGAAGUAUGCCUGGCAGGCUGAGGACAAAUGGGACGAGCCUUUCUACAACCAAAAGACUGAACAAGAGAGAAACAGCAGUCCGAUCUUGAAGUUCAUCUCAGACUUCUUGGCAUUUCUGGUCCUUUAUAACUUCAUCAUCCCCAUCUCACUUUACGUUACUGUGGAGAUGCAGAAGUUCCUGGGCUCCUUUUUCAUUGGCUGGGAUUUGGACUUAUACCACGAGGAAAGCGACCAGAAAGCUCAGGUCAACACCUCUGACCUCAAUGAGGAGUUGGGGCAGGUGGAGUAUGUUUUUACUGAUAAGACGGGUACGCUAACGGAAAACGAGAUGCAGUUCCGUGAGUGUUCAAUUAACGGAACCAAGUACCGGGAAGUUAAUGGCAAACUGGUGCCAGAGGGAAUGACUGACAAUUCACCAGAUGGUUCUGCGCCUCACCUGAUUGGUGAGGAAUUGUUAUUUCUCAAGGCGGUGUCAUUGUGUCACACAGUUCAGAUCAGCUACGACCAGCCAGACUGCCUGGUUGGGGGAGGUGAUCCCUUCUCCCAUGCAAACGGUUUCUCUUCUAAUCACAUGGAAUACUAUGCCUCUUCACCAGACGAGAAAGCUUUAGUAGAGGCAGCAAAGAGAAUUGGAGUGGCCUUCACUGGCAGCAGCGGAGAUACCAUGGAAAUCGAAACAUUUGGCAAGUCAGAGAAGUAUAAACUACUCCAUGUAUUAGAGUUUGAUGCUGACCGAAGAAGGAUGAGCGUCAUACUACAGACUCCCUCAGGAGGCAAAGUGCUGUUCACCAAGGGAGCGGAGUCAGCCAUCUUGCCUUUCUCUACCAGUGGUGAGAUAGAAAAGACGAGACUGCACGUUGAUGAGUUUGCACUGAAAGGUUUGCGGACCCUGGUGGUAGCAUGUCGCCACUUCAGCCCAGAGGAGUACAUCGAUGUGGACAGGCGUCUGAAUAGUGCCCGCACUGCGCUGCAGCAGAGGGAGGAGAGACUGCAGGAGGCCUUCAGCUACAUUGAGAGAGACCUGCAGCUCCUGGGAGCAACGGGGGUGGAGGACAAACUCCAAGAGAAAGUCCAGGAAACCAUUGAGGCGUUACGGCUGGCAGGGAUCAAAGUAUGGGUGCUGACGGGGGACAAACAUGAAACGGCGGUCAGUGUCAGCCUGUCCUGUGGCCACUUCCACAGAACCAUGAACAUCCUGGAGCUCCUGCAGCAGCGCUCUGACAACGAGUGUGCUGAGCAGCUCCGCAGACUGGCCAGGAGGAUAAAGGACGACCAUGUCAUACAGCACGGGCUAGUCGUGGAUGGGGCCAGUCUGUCUUUAGCGUUGAGGGAACACGAGAAGCUCUUUAUGGAAGUGUGUAAAAACUGUUCAGCUGUGCUGUGCUGCCGCAUGGCCCCACUGCAGAAAGCAAAGGUGGUACGUCUUUUAAAAACGUCUCCAGAGAAACCCAUCACCUUAGCUGUUGGGGAUGGAGCCAAUGAUGUCAGUAUGAUACAGGAAGCCCACGUGGGCAUAGGUAUCAUGGGGAAGGAGGGUCGUCAGGCCGUGAGAAACAGUGACUAUGCAAUUGCCAGGUUUAAGUUCCUGGCUAAACUACUGCUGGUCCACGGUCACUUCUACUACAUUCGAAUAGCUACGCUUGUACAGUACUUUUUCUACAAGAAUGUGUGUUUUAUCACGCCCCAGUUUUUAUACCAGUUCUUCUGUUUGUUUUCACAACAAACCCUGUACGACAGUGUUUAUCUGACACUGUACAACAUCUGCUUCACUUCACUGCCCAUCCUGGUGUACAGUCUGUUUGAACAGCUGGUCCAUCCACACAUACUGCAGAAUAAACCUGGCCUGUACAGGGACAUCAGCAAGAACUCUCUGCUUUCUUUUCGGACAUUCCUGUACUGGACUCUGUUGGGCUUCUGUCACGCCUUUGUCUUCUUCUUUGGAUCGUACAUACUGAUGGGAGAAGACACUACACUUAUGGGCAAUGGACAGAUGUUUGGAAACUGGACAUUUGGAACGUUGGUCUUCACUGUUAUGGUCAUCACUGUCACAUUAAAGCUUGCUUUAGAGACUCAUUUCUGGACAUGGAUGAACCAUUUUGUGACAUGGGGUUCGAUUGCCUUCUACUUCAUCUUCUCUCUCUUCUAUGGAGGCAUCAUCUGGCCGUUCCUCCACACCCAGGACAUGUACUUUGUAUUCGUGCAGCUGCUGUCCAGCGGUUCGGCCUGGUUCGCCAUCAUCAUCAUUGUCAUUACUUGCCUCUUUCCUGAUGUGGUUAAGAAGGUCUUCUACAGACAUCUGCAGCCCACCAACACACAGAAGAGUCAGUCUCUAUCAGCCCCCCAGGCGCAGGCCCUCAGCUGUGUGGAGUCCCUGUGCUGCUACCAACAUGGGCAGAGCGGCUGUUCCCGCCUGGCCCACUUCCUGGAGCAAAUGACCGGGCAGUGCCAGGCCAGUGCCAACAAUUGCCACGUGUCCAGCCACAGCAACAGGUCUUGGAGUGACACAGAGAACCUCUACUCCAACGAUCGCAGCAUCCUGACGCUGUCCCCCAUCGAGGCCACCCACUGCUGACUCCCAGGGCCACUGACUGUACCGCAAAGAGCUGGGGAAGAGCUACCAUCUCGCUAUGAGUCAUAAUCACACCCCCUCACCUCUGCCACCAUUUUAAAGAGCUUCUUCAGUUUAAACUCAAUGCAGCUGGAUGCUAAAGCGGACUCGGGAGCAGGAGCUGUGGCAUCUUUUGAAACCAAAGGACUUGGCUUGUUGCAGCAGGCUGCUUUUCUCGUCCAGCAAUUUGUGUCCCAGAGUGAAUCAAUUCUCGGUAGAGAGAUUGAAAAGGAUGUCGGAUGGGAGCUGCAGCAUGAAAGGAAAUGAAACAUGAAGUGUGGUGCGUGUCAGCAGGGCAUGAAGCAGACAUCCGUGGACCUACUCCUAUAGGAAGCUCAAGUCGGCACAGCUUUGCAGCAACAAUUAUCAGAUUCCCGCUGCUAACGACUCCUGCAGAAUAAUCUGAAAAUAUUAUAUUUAAAUUAACUACCUUUUUAAAAUUAGUUAAAGAAGACAUGUUGAGUCUUAAAUUUAACUUAUCAGCUCACAGGUACUGCGCUCUGAGAUUAGACAAGUUUUAUGAACUCUUACAGCUAUUUAUUGGUCAUUUUCAAUAAAGUUGCAAAACUUAUGUUCUUUUUUUUUUUUUUUUUUGCAAUUGGCAUUAAAAUGACCUUGUAAGUCUUACAUAUUCGUACACACAGAAUGAAGAUUCCUGAUAGUCUGGACUUCUUGUUAGCUAACGUCAGGCAUUACCCCUGCUGGAAGCAUUGUAGCCUGAGGCCUGUGACCUAACCUAGCUGGUUUGGUCAAGUUGACUAUGCUCACUGCAGGACUGAGGUGGUUUUGGUGACGUCACAAACCGGGAUCAUCCAUGUAGCACCAGGACAAGAAGCUCAGCAGAGUCAGACUACUUCAGGAAAACAUCUCAGAAGUGUUGGCUAGCAGCUGAGGCCCAUCAUCCCAUUGUUUCCAUAAAUUUCCAGUCGAUUGUUUCUUUGAGCUAUCAGCCUCACUGCUGCACCUUCAGUUCUCAUUCAGAUUGAAAGGGAAAAGGCUAGACCAUCCACAGCCCCGUAGCAUCCAGAGCCUUUGUUGAUCCAGCAGUUCUGCUAACUUGUUUCCUUAAGGCCUGCCGUAUUCCCUCAAUGCUGUACGUGGAGCUUCAUCUCUACUCUGGUACCAAAGACCAAAGGAUUCAGACUGGAGUUUAACAGAAAAUGUGUUUAUUUUUGUGCCUGAUUUGUACAGAAGCUUAUAUUGUUGUUAAGACGACUAUUAUUAUUAUUCAUGCUGCUUUCGCGUCUUACUGUUCAGGCCUCUGUCUCCCUGGUGGGUCGCUCUUAAGGAGGCCAGAUGGGGUCUGUUUAAAAAGCCAUACAUUUUCAAGAGGUUAUAUUAUCGAUAGAUUAUUUAAGACAGACAGAAGAUGUUUCGGCCUGUUGUUACUUUGUACUUGUUCCCCCUUGAAUGCCUUUCUCAUUCAGCCUGUUAAGCAAAGGCAUCACAGCAUUAAAAGCCAUGAGGACAGGGAAUAUUUUGAGGUAAUGAAAUGAUUCAAGGCUGCAAAAUGGACCUAAUCAGGUUUUAUAACAUCUGUACAAACAGAAUUCGAGAGAGAAUCAUCCCUCUUAGGUGCCUAAAAAUAUUCCCAAAGUAUCGGAUCAGAUAAUGGUACCAUUUUGAUUUCGGUCGGACAAAAAUGGCUUUAAUGGCUUGAUGCUUUUCCAAAUCACGAAUAAUGCAUGUUGACCCAGACAGCAGAAUGUCUCUAUCUUUAGAGGGAUAGAUUUAUCAGAUAAAUAUGAUUCAGCUUCAACAGAGAUGAAAAGAAAAGCAGAGCAUUUGCACAAGUCACAUAUCAAAAUCACUUUUUUUUUUGUGCUCCAAAAUCAUUGCUCGUCUGUCACCAUUGAAAUCAUCUGAAUCAUGUUUUUGCUUUUGUUUUUUGGUUUUUUUUUGCUGUUACGUUGUUCUUUCCAUGUGUGUUUCUAUCUACCUUUUGAGGGUGUGUGUGUGUAUGUGUCUGUGUGAUCCUCUGUAUCGCAGCCAUGUUGGUUGAAGGAAGUAAGGUACAUAACUUUGUUUGUAAGCUGUUGUAUGAUCUAAGUGACCACAUGCUGCCACCAGGUUAAAGGUCAGAUGUUUCUCUUUGAUGUAUGUAUAGUCUCUUCUCGUCAAAAAAAAAAAAAAGGUAAAA